GGAAAAGUUAUUUCCCUUUGUUCAGACCAUGCCAUUUGUAAUGUGUUAUUUCGCAGCACGGAUUUGAAUAAUAUUGUAAUUUGAAAGAGCCGUUGCAUGUACUGGUGAUGGCAGAGCAUACAGUGACAGAGGUCCUGGACCCCUCUCUUGUGAUAUCAGCCCUACAGAUCCUUACUACAGCCAGUGCAGGAGGCCACAGCAGCAGUAGAGACUUGAAUGCUGCAUUGAAGUUAGAUGAAAUUUUGUUAGCCAACGUUGUUAAACUGGAAUCGGUUUUGAAAUCAGAUGCCAGCUUCAAGAAGUUACUUAUUUGGUGGAAUUCUGAUACAGCUGUAGUUAUUCCCCCUGAAUGCUCUUCAAGAUGGAGAUACGUUUUGUACUGCUUGAAGACUCUUCACCUCCUUCAGGUAUCUAUAUGUGGAAGCCUAGAUGCCUACAAUAAAACUGCAACUUCAGAAGUAAAAGAAAUAAAAGCUCCAAAGAUGACACCAGACACGUUGAGCUUUAAUGAACAAAAGUUGGUCAAAGGAGCUACACAAUUUAUUGUUUGUUUAGGUAUUUGUCCAUGUUUGCAUAAAGGUGUAGGUAUACCAUUAGAACUAAGGUCUGGAUUCUGUGCUCUUGUAAAAAUGGCUGAAGAUAAGGAAACCAUUUCAGAACAGGAGAGAAAUGUCCAAUUAUUCUGCUGUAUGAAAGUAUUGAUGUCAUGUGUGACAAACCCAGCUCUAGGCACAUUGAUACUAACACAACAUCUGGUUGAUAUUUUAGCAGCUUUAUUUCAGCUGGCACACAUAGGAAAGCAACGGGACCUACAUAAAUCGAAUAUUUCAAGUGAGUCAUCUGAGAAUGGACAAGGGGCAGAUAACUCACAAGUAGAAAAGUCUAAAGAAAAUGUAAGAGAAGAAGAAUCAUUUCAGAACAUGAAUCCUGCAACAAUUGUUGACUUUGUUAGAGCACAAUUUGAUGAAAGCAAGAUGAUGAUGAUAAAUAAAAUUGCUGAAAAAGAUCAUGAAAGGUCUAAAACAGAUAAUGGUGCAGAUACAAAAGGAAAAUCUGAAGAGAUAGUUGAUAAAAUAGAUUUUAAGUAUUGUGAAAAAUGUCUAGAAGAUUUGCUGGUAAAAGUUUAUCCACCAUUACUAGUGAAGACACUGAUGCUGCUGCAAGGGGGGCCUAAAACUAAGGCACCACAAUGUCAGAAUGCACCAGUAUUACAACAAGCCCCAAAGUGGUUGAGACAAGAGUGUGGGAGAAGACUGACAGCUGUAAUGAUGAUGCCCAAAGGCGUGCAAAGUGUUCUCAGGGGGAUGUUAGAUGCCCCAGGGAUGGGAAAAGGUAUGACGGAAGCUAAUGAUUGGAGGAAAUGUGAUGCUGUUGCCAAGGUGAUCGCAUGUUGCCCAGUACAGUCACUGUCUAUAGAGGAAUAUUACAGAAAAGUAGCUCCACAGAUACUGGAACUAUUGCAUAUACAGGAUAGACAGGUGUGUCGCCAGUUUCUUCGAGUUGCAUGUAGCACGAUAUCUAGUAUGGCUUCCCAACAGCCCGAUUUGACACAGAAAUGCUUGAUUCAGCCUAUGUUGAAGCCACUAACGAAGUGUCUGGAUAGAGAAGGUACUGAUGUUGCUAUGACAACCAGUGGCAUUACUGUUGUAGAGGAGACACAGUUUACUCAGUGUUUAGAGGAUUGUCAUAAGGUUUUUGUGUUUGGGUGUGUGGAUAAUCCACAGUUGGUUACACAUCUACAACCUGUGAUUCUCACUCUGUAUGAAUUAUUUGUCUUCAUGAAACCAGGGAUAUCUGCACUUAAGGCAACUUGCCAGGAAUUGAUAGUGACCUUCUUGAAAAAUGCAGACAUACAAGUGACCUUGACUUGUUUACAGUUGAUGGCUUUCCAGCAGACAACAUCUCAUAAUGAGGCUGCGUUUCCCAGAAUGCAUCACUGUUUGAAAUUUGUUAAUGGCAAUAAUGGUGGAGUUGUUGUCCAAACAGAUUUUAAUGAAAGUGUGAGUGAUAGUAGUCAGGAUAUGAAUGUGGAGUGUAUUGUUGCACUCCUGAAAGAUCUGCAGAACACCAGUGUUCCAGGGGAGUUUCUUGUCUUCAUGUUAAAGGAGCUAACACAGUUCAUUCAGACUGAAGUGGAAGGGGAAGAAAGUGCUGUUCAAGAUCAAGCCUCUACAAGAUCUCAGGGUGAUCAAGCAUUGCUUGACAUUGAGCAGAGGAACCAGACUAAAAUAGACCAGUUCUACAGGAAGUUAACUUUGUUGAAUAUCCUAGCAGCAGUCUGUGAAACUCUAGGACCAGACUGUAUCAAGAAUGCAAAGCAUACUCUUGAAUUUGUGAAGGCAACACUGGAGCGAGGUGUACAGAUAUGUAAUAGAACAGAGGAUAUGGUGUUUGAAGCAUUUGAGAAUGAAACAGUAACUAUGGCAAUGGGUCUUCUAACUGCACUCUUAACCGGGGCAUUCCAGUUAACAAGUGAAGAUAGAAAAGCCAUGCAGGAGUUACUGCCCUUGCUGCAGGAAAUUAGUUCAGAACACCCAGAAUCCUCGGUACAGGAAAUGGCAACAGAUAUAAGGAUUGCCAUAGCAACACAUGGUGCUGUCUGGUCAGAAAUGAGUAAAGAGAAAGGCCAGAAUUUUGAGGAAAUAUCUCGAAAGAUAAAUGAAGAAAAGAAGAAAGUAAAAAAGCCACUGGAUAAGACAGCACAGAAAAUAGAAAUCAUAUCAGAGAACAAGAUUCCAAAACCAGAAGCAGAUCACUCUAGAAAUGUCAGUGACAAAACAGACAACGAUUUUAAAGCAGAAAGAAUUGCUUCAAAUGAACAGAAGCCUUUAAGUGAGAGAGGUCCUAAUGAAACAAACAAGAAACUUGAUGUAGAGGUAUCCACAGACAGAAAGCAGGAGUUGCAGAGGUUGGAAAAACUACUUCCUUCUUCUGACAGUAAGAAACCAUUUGCUAACCAAGGUGAUGAUGGUGAUGUUAAAUCUGAACUGGACUUGGCAUUCAAGGAACUGUGUGAUACAUUGAUACCUGUUCGAGGCCAUGGGCUUAUUAGACUUACACAUCUUGUUCAGAAUAGGGAUGUAGAAGUAAAGAAGAGGCAUGCAGCUGUACUUAAAAUAUUUGAAGAAAACUUGGAUCAUGGAGAUUCAUACAUCUACCUGUCAGCUGUAAACGGUUUGGCAGCAAUGUGUGAUAUGUACCCAGACUUGGUUGUUCCCAUGGUGUGUAAACAGUUUGCAGACUUUAACAAGUCUGAGAGGCCUAAUGACAAUAAGAAACGGUCCCCAGAACUGAGAAUGAAGCUUGGUGAAGUCAUGGUGAAAGCAUCAAGAUGUUUAGGUGACACAAUUCCGAAGUAUCGAGACUUACUUCUAUCCAGCAUUAUGACAGGUGUUAGAGAUGAGGAAGCAUUUAUACGGGCAAGCAGCCUUUCAAACCUUGGAGAAAUGUGUAAAAUGUUGAAGUUUUCCUUAGGAAACAUUAUACAUGAGGUGUUUGAGUGCUGUAGCAGUACACUGAAACAUGACAAGGAUGUGGAAGUGAGGAAAGCAGCAGCCCAGGCAUUGACAUUAUUGUUACAGGGCACAGGUCAACAGGUGUUCAAGAUUCUGGACACUGUUCUUAAGGACCUUUAUCGCCUAUUGAAGCACGUGAUGCAAGUUGAGAAGGAAGAAGGAGUCAAGUUACACGUGCAUCUCGCACUUAAUGAACUAGAUGAUCUGAUGAAAGAACAUUUGUUUCCUAAACAAAAGUUAGAAAAGAAAAUUAAAGUUUUAGAUUUUGACUGAUAUUGUUUAUGAAUUAAGGAGGCAUCGAAAUAAAAACUUCAAAUGAA